AUGAAUAUUUUGUUACUUCUUCUAACUUUUAUUGUUGGAAUUUUGGGAGACAAUGAUGGAACAUCAGAAAAACAAAAAGUCGAAGUUAGUUGUUGAAAUUAAGGAUACUAAAAACAUCCGAAAAAUUCAGGUACUUGUUAUAAAUCAUCGAUUGUUUUUCAAAGAAAAUCAGACAUCGGAUCCUGUAGCAAUUGAUGCUUCCCAGGGAAAAUAUUUUUACCAAGGAUCGCUAUAUUUGGGAGUUGAUUAUAUCAAAAAUGGUUAUUGGUGGUCAGAAAAUUUCAACUAUCUUGCUUACAUUUCAAUCAAUAUGGAAGCAGUGAAAACAAUGUCUUGGAAUAUGUGAGUUGAUACUUUCCUGUUCAUUUUUUAUAAUUAUUAUUUCAGCUAUAAAGAUAAACAGGCAUACCCGGAUUUUGUUGAACAACAAUAUUGGAAACCAUUUGAAGAACCUCCUCCGUUUGAAAUAUCAAUUUGGAACCCAACAUCUAAAGAAGUGAGAAGAAUCGAUUUGAAAAAAUACCAAUAUAACAAGUAACUUCGAAACUUGAAAAGCUUAAUUUAAAACUUUGUUUUUUAGUGGUGUUGCUUAUUCUGUAUUCAGAACAAAUGUUAUCAAAUUAGAAAACAAACAGAAACUUUUGCUUCAUCUUACAAACAAAUAUCGGAAUGAACAUAUUUUGGUAUCUUGCGAUUUCGAAACUACAGAAUGUGAAAAACUUUUUGAAUACAAAUAUGAUUAUAAACGUUAUAUUAGUGAUAGGAAUAAUGCAAUGAAAAUAUAUAAGAAUCGACUGUAUUUAUUGUUGCCUUUGGAUUUUAUAGAAGAAGAGAAUUCCUAUAACCAAAUCGCGAGUUAUCCAAUCAAUGAAGUUUGUUUUAUCUUUCAUAUAUGUAUGAACUUUAUUCAUUUUUUUCUAGACAUCUUCUGAACCAAGAUUUGAAAUGAGAGAACCGUAUGACGUCGUGCAUUUCGAAAUUCAUGAUAAUAACACGAUGUAAGAUAUAAUUAUAUUCUUUAAAUUUCAGAUUGAAUUAUUUUUCAGAACUUUGUAUGCGUAUUCGAGAAGUCCUUUCAUCGGGGAUACAUUAAAAAUGAAAUUAGGUUCAAAUGAAAAACCUACAUGUGUGAAAUGCCCAACACUUAUCACCGAUGAUUUUCUGCAAUUUGGUAAAGUUUCUCUUGGCAAUGAUUAUGAAGGAAUUUAUAAAAUCCAUUUUCCAAAAAAUGUAACACACAGAAAAAUUCCAUUAUUUGUGUAUGUUUAUGGUGGACCAGAAGAUUUGAAAGUGGAAAUGAAGGAGGAAGAUGAAGGAGAGUGGUAUAGAAAAUAUGAAACAUGUGAAAAUCAAAUAGCAAAGUUAUACAUUGAUGGUAGAGGAACUGGAAGAAGAGGAUGGAAAUAUCGAUCUGCACAAUUCGGAAAACUCGGAACUGUUGAUGCUCAAGAUCAAAUCACGGUCAUUCAAUAUGUUUUGAAAAAAUAUUCGGAUAUAUUAGACAAGAAUAGAGUUUUGGUGUCAGGAUGGUCGUAUGGUGGUUUUAUGGCACUUGCGAUGACUGAACAAGCUCCAAAAGGGUUGUUCAAGUGUGCAGUUUCUGGUGCACCUGUGACAAAUUUUAUUUAUUAUGGUGGUGAGUAUGAAAAUUGUUUGAUUUUAAUAUGAAAAAACUUCUAUUUUUUAUUUUUUCAAGAUUACCGCUUCUGAUAAACCCUCCAAAUGUACAAUUUUCCAGAUAACGACUAUACUCUGCGAUAUAUGGGAAAUGCAACAUCGAGCGAAUAUAUUGAUUUGACCGAUAAUUUGGAGAAUUUCAAAACAACAAGACUUCUACUUCUUCAUGGAUUGGCAGAUAAUAAUGUCCAUUUUCAGAAUAGCGCAAUUUUGAUUGAAAAACUUCACAAGGCUAGAAUUGAUUUUGAUUUGAUGGUUUAUCCAAAUCAGGGCCAUGGAGUAUUUUCAAUGAAACAAGCAAUUUUUACCGAUAAUUGUCUUGGCGUUUCUGCCUCCAGGAACUCGUCUCUCACAUGUUUUUAUACAUAAAAAUAAACAUUGAACUGUCAUAUAAAUAUCAUAUUGUAAGAGGUACAGAUUGUAAGAGGUACAGAAAAAGAUUCUCCAGACUUUUUUUUGUAAUUUUCCAAAUACUGUAUGAAUUUCUCAAAUUACAUAACUUCACAAAAUAUAAACAUUUUUAUGCUGGAAAUAACAUAAACAAUUCAUUCUGUACAUUUUUGAACGUUAAGGAUGCAUUUUAUUUAUUUUAGCUUCUUUAUUUUGAAAAUUCUAUGUGAAGAUGAGACAAAUCGGUAGGUUUGAACUUAUUUUUUAUUUAAAUUUAGAGUUGAAAACAUUUUGUAGAACUGACAUAUCAGUUCACAACGGUGCAAUGACAUUCCAAGUCCAAUCUUACAAAAAACUUGGUGAGUUUUAUUUUAUUUUUUUUUGAAAGACUAGAAGAGAUUUUUCCAACAUUAGACUGCAACAAAAACAUUCAUCUCUCUGAAAACACAACCUUGUCUACAUUAAUCAAACGACCAAAUAUUGGAAAACAUCAUUUCGAAUGUAACUGGAAUAUCACAACAACUCCUGGUCGUGAUCUUGUGGUUUAUUACGAAAAAUUCUAUACUGCUCCAGAAUGCAAUAAAGAUUAUGUCAAAUUCGACAGUAGGGCUUCUGUUUAUAUGGGAAAUAUAUGUGGAGAUGUUAAGCGGUGAGUUUUUUAGAAAGUUCAAGAAUAAAUUUUUAUCAAUUUUCAGAUUCCGAAACGAUCAUUUCAUUGUAUACAGUAAUGAUCUUACCAUAAAAACAGUUUAUAAUUAUGUGUCUGAAGAAUAUGCGAAAAACUCAAUAGUAGAAUUAGCAAUUUUAUCAACACCCCAUUGUGGAUUUGCAGAACUAGCCGAAGAAAAUAAUUGGAAAACUCUGACUCCACCGAAAUCUUCCACGGGUAUUGGAUAUUCAUCAGAUUUACACUGUAAUUGGGAAAUUAGUGCUUAUCAAGGUCAACAACUUCGAAUUCGGAUAAAUUCGAUGGAUAUGAAACAGUCAGAAAAUUGUGAUAUCGAUCGACUCACAAUUUUGGAAGGACACAUGAUUGAAAGCUCUUUCAAGAUUCUGGAAAAUGUUUGUGGAGGUUUGAAAUUACCAUAUGAUAUUGUGCUAUCAAGUAAUGCUAUUGUGCAAUUUAAUUCGAAAAAUGGUGGAGAUGGCGUAGGACUCAAUAUAUCAUAUAUUGCUGAAAAAGGUAAGAAGAAGCUUUUCUUAUUAUAGGUUUAGAAAAAAAACCAAGUCUAAAUUAUAUUCUCAUUUCAGCUGAAUGUGGUGGUUCUUUGGAACUAUACGAAACACAAAAAACCUUAAAACUUGACUAUAAAAAACUCAAAAACUCGAAAAAAUGUCUAUAUGUUAUUACCACAUAUCACGAGCAAAUCAUGGUCAAAUUUUCCAAACAUCAAAUUCGUGCAAAUUGUGAAAAAAACUAUAUUGAAAUCCAUGAUGCUGAACCAUUUUCCGAAUGUGCUGAUAGAAAAUGUUUUGAGAGAAACAAAAAUCGUCAUAACUACAAGUUCUGCGCAUCUGAUAAAAUACCGCCUUUGAUUUCGAAUAGACAACAAAUUCAAAUUACUGUUCAUUUUGAGAGAUUUGAAGAUGCCGGAUUUGGAAUUGAAUUUUCAUAUGUUGGAUUUUUCCGUAAGAAGAAUACAGUUCAAAAAAUCAAUAAUAAUUGUUCUCCUCUUCAGAAUGCAACCGAACCAUCAAUCUUGUCGAUUUUCCAUCAGGUCGUUUAACAAAUCCAAAUUUCCCACAUGCUUACAAUACAUCAAAAAUAUGUACCACAAAAUUGGAAAACUCCACAUCACCAAAAGACACUUCAAAAUUAUUGAUUAUUUUUGAAACUGUUCUAGGUGACAGUGAGAAAAUGAUUGAAUUCAAUGAAGAGGGCAAAAAUAGUACGCAAUUUGCAGGAGAUUCAAAUUAUAGACCCGUUUUUACAAAUGGUGGAGCUACUGUAGAUGUAAGAUUUUUUUUAGAGAAAUAACUAGUUCUCCAAAUCCCUAUUCAAAUUUCAGAUGGUUUUGAAAAUCAAAAAAAUCGCUGAAGGUUUGGGAUUCGAUCUGAGUUAUUAUUCAGUGAUCAAAGAGACUGGAAAUACAACCGAAUAUGCUAGAAAUCAUGAAUUGAGUGGAGUAUUGAGCAAUCAAUAUUUGCCAAAAAAUCCGGAAAAGCAUAUGUGAGUGAAUUUUUUCAACAAAAAAACUUUAAAAAAUAAAUUUUUUUCAGCUUUAUUAUUGAACCACCAAAAUCACUAGAUUGUGAAUUUAAAAUCAAACGUGAGACUUAUCUUGACUACGAUUUUUGUAAAGAUGGUAAGUGAUAUUUUCAUCAGCUACAGUAACCCAAAAAAACAAUAAUUUUUAGCUACCAAUCUUAAAAUCGACAAAUAUAUCGACAAUAAAAAACAAGACGAUUCGAGAACUUUCCCUGAAGGAUGCUUUGUGAGUAUAGAAACUAUUGUUUUUUUUCGAAAAAAAAAUUGGAUUUUUCAGAAAAAAGAAAGCGAAAUCCUUUUGAAUAAGAGUGAAUUCAGUCGAUAUUUGAGAUUUGAAUUUUUCUGGAAUGACAAAGUUCAAUCUGCAUAUAGAAUCACGUGGAAUUGCAAUAACUUGUAG